AUGAAUUCCUAUUUCACCAACCCGUCGUUGUCGUGCCACUUAACCGGACCUCACGAUGUUUUACCCAACGUGGCCCUGUCCAACUCGAGCACCUACGACCCCGUGGUCCGCCAUUUCCCCUCGUCCUAUGGCGCCGGUAACCGGAUGUACCGAGCGCCCUUUUACCAGCCCCAGGACGACGUGAUGUUUGGUUCGAGUCGCGGACCCUACGACUACGGAUCGAAUUCGUUUUACCCGGACAAAGAUGGGAUUUCCGGCUGCAGGCAGAGCUUUGCACAGGACUUCACUUCUUCAUCGUUGUCAUCGUCGUGCCAGGAUGCCAAAAGCAGCACCAUACAGAUUUACCCCUGGAUGCAGAGGAUGAACUCGCACAGUGGUGUUGGUUAUGGUCCUGAUCGACGCAGGGGUCGUCAGAUUUAUUCCCGCUACCAAACUCUGGAGCUGGAGAAGGAAUUUCACUACAACCGCUACUUAACACGGAGGAGAAGAAUCGAGAUCGCGAACACACUGUGUCUGACUGAGCGACAGAUUAAAAUCUGGUUUCAGAACCGCAGGAUGAAAUGGAAAAAGGAGAACAAUCUCUCCUCCACCCAAAACGAACCGGAAACGCAAAAAGAAGAAACACCAGAAGCCACCGACGACAAAAAGGAAUAAUCCAUCAGCUCCUCUGUGCUGCACCC